AUAAUUAUUAUUUUUAAUGCUUUUUAGGCUCUUUGAAUUCAAUUGAUUCACAUAGUUGUUCCAAUUAAUUUUUUAUCUUGGCCGAUUUAUUAUAAUUUCAGGCCUAUUGAUAUAUUUAUUUUUCAUGUAUCCAAUUAAGAUGUUGAGAUGGAUGUAAUCUUGUCUGCCAAAAAAAUGAAAAUCAGGGUUUAUUUUUAAAUAUUAACAUUCACUUGAUUCAUUAAAUCGUUUUGUAAAUGUUUUUUAGUGGUAAUUUUAUGAAGUUAUUAAAUAUCAUAUUUUAGGAAAAUUCGCCACUAAAAUUAGGGUUAACCGUCCGCCACAUCUAGCAGUCCUUAUGUGCGGUUAUUGUUUCCGAUUGGUUUUUCCCAAAUGUUUUUGAAAAAUAAAUGCAGUCAAGAUUUCAUCAUGAUUUAUCUCAUUGGUAAUCGAUAGUGCAGAUAUUUACAUGCCAUUAUUAAUUGACAAAUAUUUGACGAUAUUAUUUCUUCAAACGAUGGUGCAAGUCCAAACAAUAAAAAAGGGGUGAAACCAGCAUUGAUGUAACAUUGAAAACAUGUUAACCAGUGGUCUCUGUUGAUCAGCACGUGGUGUUGAUCAGCUUGCUGAUCAAAUAAAAAUGUAGUACACAGGAUUCGGCUUCGCGGUGCAUUGUUCAUCCAUAAUUGGACACGACUGCAUUCCGCCACUGCAACAGUGGACCAUGGACUCAGAGUCGUUGCUAAAACCCAAUAACAAACCCCUUCUCUUCCUCCGACUGGUCGUUUUGCAACCUCGGUGCCUUAACACCGAGCCUUAAUAACGCACAACCAUAUGCCUACAUUUUAAAAUUGAAAAUCGGUGCUUCAGAGCCCGGAGGGUUAAAUCGCCUACCAUAGCUGGCGCCUUUACGCAUGACUCCUCUCCCAGUGCCGUCAUCCUGAUGCCUUCUGUGGUCACAUCGCCAUGGCGCAUGGCACAACAGAAUAGCAUAGAGGAAUCUCGGAUUAACCAAUAUGUUCAGUUAAUGCAAUCUCAACAGAGACAUAUCGGAUUAAGCACUAUGUUUGGUUUGAAACGAGGGAGCAGAACGCGCACUUGGAACCGAUGGCGCUUCUUGCGUUUAAAGGAGAAUUGGGACGUUUUCUGAAUGCAAUUAACUUUGAGCCGGGGGCUCGCAAGACUCAAAUAAAUAAUGAUGACGUGCUACCGGGCUAUUCUUCUUAUAUCUUUUAAGUAAAUCCAUCGAAGGAAAUCAUGACACGUAUUGAACAUUAUCAAUGAAAAUGCUUCUCAUUUGUACAAAUGUAGUUUUUCCUUGCGCUUUUUCGAUUCGAUUAACGCAUGCCGAACAGAAAAUAGGCUUUUCCUUUUUCCAUUUGGUAUUCAUCUCCAAACGAGCAAUUACCUCUGCCUCUUACCAUUCUGCGAACUACUGGGAUGCGAAGGCAAAUUGGGUUUGUUCUUUUGACGCUUGGAACAGAAAUUGUCACGAGAGCCUCAGCGCACAAAAACGGAAUGCAUAAUGGGAUUUAUUUCAAAAUGUAUGUAAAUGUAUGCAAAUAUGACAUCGUGAGUGCUUAACCUCCCUCCUGCCAGUUCUGCAUGGUCAUGACCUGUCGUCACGCCCCUUCCCCAGCCCACCUCGUCCUAUUGGUCCUGCUUUGUGUCACUCCACAGCUGGCUGGCGCCGCCCCUGUGCGGGGUGAGGGAGGCGAGGGAGGGGCGGCCGAGGGGCGCGCACGGACAGACCUCAGGGACGGCAGCCUUGGCGGCGUGCUCUCGCUCCCACGCCUCCGCCUCUCGGAGGAGGGGGCGCCGGGGCGGGGGGAGCUCAGAGAUAACCCCCUGGACCCCGCGCUGCUGCUCAGCGCUCUGCUGGAGGUCCUGGACCGCCCUGGCGCCCGGGGGCUGCGGGGGAACGGGACGGGGGGAGACGGGGACGAUGGGGGGGCCCCGGUCGCAGAGCGAGGGGCUGAUAGGGAGGAGGAGGAGGAGGAGGAGGAGGAGGAGGAGGAGCAGAGGGGAAGAGCGAGGCUCGGGGAGCGGAGGUAUGUGACGGCGUCCCAGGAGGAUGUGGUGCAGGGGGCGGGGGGAGAGGAGGAGGAGGGGGGGCCCGGGGGGGACGCUGGGUGGCUGCUGGGGGACGUGGGGCGGGCCCUCGUAGGGAGUAGAGACGGGGGGCCGAACCCAGAGGAGCAGGGGGAGGGCGAUCCGUCGCUGGGGGAGGCAGACGAGCCGGGCUCCCGGGGGGACGACGCCAAGCUGCGUCGCAGAACCAGGGGCUACUUUCAAAACAUUGACUUGGGUCUCCAAGACAACGAGAUCCUGCCCCCGCUGAAGGGCUACAAGGCCUACAACACCCAGCUGGCCCGCGCCGGCAAGAAGCAGCACUGGCCCGAGGAGCAGGCCCGCAACCGGCCCGCCCAGGGGGGCAACUUCAUGGACGACUUCGACGCCGAGGGCGAGGAGCUGGAGGAGGAGGUGGAGAGGGAGGAGGAGAGCCUCUCCCGCCUGGAGGAGGAGGCCAGGGCCCGCGCCGAGAAGCAGGAGGUGCUGAGGCAGCAGCAGGAGGCGGAGCGUGCCCGCGAGGAGGAGCAGCGGCUGGCCGACAUCGCCUCGGACAUGCUGCUGCAGUACAUGGGCCGCAAGCCGCCGCCCUACAUGAAGCCGCGGCAGAAGAGCAGCGCCGCGGCCGCCGCCAGCAACACGGCCGAGGACAAGCGGUCCGAGGAGGUGGCCACCGACGACGACGACGACGACGACGACAUGGACCAGCAGAUGAUCGACCGGCUGAUCGAGAUCAGCAGCAAGCUGCACCUGCCCGCCGACGACGUGGUGGAGAUCAUCAGCGACGUGGAGGAGAAGAAGAAGAAGAGGAAAGAGCUGCAGCAGCGGCCCGCCGACCUCCGCCCCGUCACCCAGCGGUUCAGGCCCCUGGUGCCCCCGCCUCUGGCCGCCCCGCCCAUGUACCACUACACGGCCUCCAGCAACCCCAAGAAGGCCGGCUACAAGUACAGGUCCGGCAAGAAGUGGCAGAAGGACAAGGUCAAGGCGUACAAGCAGGACUUUUGGUACAAGCCUCAGAAGCAGCGUGACUUCUGGUACAAACCGCAGAAACAGUUUUUGGCCUUCCCCUCCUAUCCCUACUACCAGAAGCCAUAUCGCGCCUACUACCCUGUGUAUUUCCCCUACCCUAAGCAACAGUAUUACGGCAAAGCGUCCCCUUCCGUGGACCAGCAGUUAGGACCCCAGGAGCUCGACCUCCCGACCCCCAGGCGCCGGUUCCGGUCGGGGGGUAAAGGUCGCGGGCAGGGCUGGAGGCAGCAGCAGGCCCCGCCCCAGAGCCCCAUCACCCCUUAUAUCUCCAACUACAUCCUCCCCCACCCACGGACAUACCAGUCCUUACCUCCCCCCAAACCAAUGACUCCCGCCAGGAGAGGAAGGCGCCCCCACUACUUCUACCCCCAGGUGACCCCCCGCGCAGACGACUAUGAGGAGGACGGACUGGUUCCUCAGCUGGACAGCGAGGAGGAGCUGGAGAACUUUAUCGAGAGGAUCUACAUGAAGCGCCGAAUGUACUGAGAGGUGUCUGGACCGCGGUCCAAGCAGAGCCCAACCCUCUGUGGGACAGAUAGAGCAGAUGAGAAGGGAAGGAAGAGGUUAAAAUAUUUAAAAAAGAAUCAAAGGAGAUGACGUGGAAAAGGGGAUGUGUACAUUUAAGCCCCAUGGGAAUGCGAGGGUUAGGAAGAAAAACGGUUUGCUUUUGUGUUGUUGAUUUCUUCUCCUGUCGUUUUGGUUGAUUUAGGGUCGGGGAAACAGGGGUUUCAGGAAGAGUUUCGCCCUGUGACCGUAUUCUGCCUCUGGAUCAGUUUACAUUCAAAAAACAGACGGACCCCAGUGUAUGUCUGGCUCCAUUCAGGUCAAUCUCUGAUGUUCUUACGUUCUGUGUUUCAGAGUUCUUGGUGAGAAGGCACACACACACACACACACACACACACACACACACACACACACACACACACACACACACACACACACACACACACACACACACACACACACACACACACACACACACACACACACACACACACACACACACACACACACACACACAGACACACACACAACCGCAAGCAUGCACCCACGCACGGCAUAUGCACGCAAGCACGCAAGCACACGACGCACGCACGCCACACGUACGUACGCACACACACACACACACACACACACAAACACACACACACCCACACAGAUACAAAGUGACAUCAAUUCACAAGAAAAUGUGCCAAAUGUGUGAGACUCAUGUUUACAACAGUUUUUAAUUUUGGUCUUUGACGUGUUAAUGUCAUGGUACAUAUCAAAUAUUACGCACAAUACUCCUGUUUUUUUCUUUCAUGCCAAAAAUAACGUCCAUCUAUAGAUAAGGUAAAAACCUUGAAAAGGUUUUCAAUUUGAAAACAUGAAAAAUAUAUUUCAACUCAACUCCAUUCUACAAUGAUUGCCUUGAAGUUGUUGUUAUUAUACCACCAACCGAAUUCAGAUCUAUCCCAUCAUAUCAACAACUACCCCAAAUGAUCCCAAUGAGUAAAACCCUGUGGAUUCCAAAAGCACAACUUUCACCAUUGAACAUCUCCAGCCUGGUGCUCUGAGGGUUUAUCAGUUGUUAUGGGAUACAGAGGUUAUUAUAGUGAAGACAUUGUGUUUCAAAUCACAUUCGCCAAUAUUAGUUUAGCAUUAAUAGUCAUGGAGAACCCUUAGUUGCCAAACAUCUAUUGCGUUUUAAUUGUCUUUCCAAUUGUGUUACUUCAACAUCAUUAGCUGCUGCCAGGGCAGCUGUCUUUUAUAUCGAUUUUAUUAUAAUUUCUAUAACCUUUUGCAUCCCUCAAACUCUGCUUUUUCUUUGUUCUGAAAAAAUACUUGAAGUCACAUAUUUAUUCUGCAGCCUGUCAAUGGGAUUGAGAGAAGACAUGAACCAAGAGGCAAAACAAAUGUUAUUCAUUUCUGAAGAGUUGGUAUUGAAAAGAUACAGGUUGGAGAGUCAGGGAUUGCGUUCAAAACGUUAAAUGCACGUCUUUUUACUUGCAACAAAAAAAAUGAACAAAAAAAUGAACAAAAAAAGAGAAAAAAUUUAACAGUGUGGAGAAAUCAAGAUGACUGUUUCUCUGAAUAAACUGUGAACAUAAAAAAAGAAUUAUUCUCAAAGGAAGAUAGCCACUGUGUCUGCAGGUAGGCCGUCUGUCUGUCAAAGGAGAAUGUUGUGGUCCAUGUCACUUUUAGCAUUGUAAGAUGUACAGUGUGAAAUAAAUAUUCCUGUGCAAUGUGUAAAUAACAGCAUGAUGAUUAAUAGUUUUGCUAUAAGAGAAAGAAUAAAAGCAAUUAUUUUAUUAAA